GGCAUUCCUAAGAGGAUGGAAAAUAAUACCGCUUCAAGAUGGAGCUGCUGGAGGCCCAGCGGCUAUUUAGUUGGGGCCUCCUCCACCUUUCUGUCCACAGUCCUGACCUUUCCGGUUCACAAGACGAUUUUCCGGCAGCAGCUUCACACCUUGACCAUCCUCGCUGCCGUCGGUCAGCUGAAGAAAGAAGGCAUAAAGCACCUCUACCGUGGACUGGCUCCGCCUCUCAUGGCAAAAACCGUCCAAGGAACCCUGCUCUUCGGCACCCAAGGAAGCCUCCAAAAUGUUCUCUCGGGGCUCAACGUCCCUGGAGCCGCAACUCCUGCGCUUUCCGGAUGCCUGUCAGGGGCAAUAGAAGCCGUGCUCCUUGUGCCAUUCGAGAGGACGCAGAAUGUUUUGCAGGACGGGCGCAACACCUCCCGUUUUCCCACUGCGGCGUCAGUCUUGAGAGAGUUCUGGACUUAUAAUGAGGAGCAAAAGUUCUCGUGUGGCAUCUACAGAGGCUUCACCAUGAUACUCGUCAGGAACUCCCUGGGUAGCGCCAUCUUUCUUUCUUGUAAAGAGCCAAUAAGAGACCUGCUGAGCAUUCAAGGGCUUCCAAGCUGGGCUCCGGCCCUGGGGUCCGGCUCUUUCAUCGGUGCCUUUACCUCCCUGGUGCUUUAUCCUCUGUGUGUGUUGGUGGCAAAUAUGCAGGCCGAGGUGGGGAAAGGUCUUCCGGGUGUGAGAGAGGUAGCCAAGAUGGUGUGGGAAAACUGUGGCGGGCGGGUCUCAGUGCUGUACCGCGGGGCUUCCCUCAUUAUUGUACGGUCUUGCAUUACUUGGGGCGUAACCAAUUCCAUUUAUGAUACUCUGAGCAGACAGCAUAACCUCAAAUAA